AAUCAUUCAGAGUCGGAGACCAUUGUCAAUCACAGAGAAGAACUCAUGGUUUCACCAACAGGUGAACGCCCAACGCUGAGAACAGCACACUUUCUUAAUCCUUCAGCCUCCAUUGAUGGAUAUGCCUUGAGCUUCCUUCUCAACUCUCCAACACAAGAAAGCCCUCAACUUGUGACCUCGAGGAGCCUCAGAAAAAGGUUUUCUUCAAAGGCUGGGAUUUAUGAAGCAAUUAUGGGUUCAACGUAUGAAAUCAAACAAAACAAGAAACUUAUUCUAGGGUUUGCAGAAAGAUGGUCUCCUGAGACAAACACCUUCAUCUUUACUUGGUCUGAAGCCACAAUAACUCUGGAGGAUGUGAUGGUUUGUGGUGGCUACUCUGUCUUGGGUGGCACUGUUUCAAGCCUUCUGAAGAGUAAGAAUCUGGUUGUAAUGGAACAAAAACUGCAAGAAGCUCACAGAGAAUCUGCAACUCUGAAUUCUAUUGUUUCGACACACAAGGCAUGGAUGGACUAUUUCAUGGGGACCGGGCAUGAAAUCCUACAUGAAGCUUUCCUCUCCCUGUGCUUUGGAUCAAAUGAUGUGAAUUGUGACGAGUUUGCAUCAUCAAAUGCUAUGAACUGUGAUGGAUUGCUUGAUAAGGUGCUUCAUGUUUAUGCACCGUUACAAUUUGUUCAGCUUUGGAUUUGGGAGAGAUGUCUAGCAUUAAGGCCAAUUCCCAAUCGCAUCUCCAUUAGUAAGCCAAGAGUAGCAGCAUGGUGGCAUGAUCUACGUUUUGAGAAUGUUGGAGAACAGUGGAUACCGGUUGGUUCUCCGUUGGAUGAACAGUCACAGGCAUUUGCUAGAUUUUUGAGGGUUAGUGAGCUUGUUGGAGGAGAAUGUAUAGAGCAGUACCUCCCACGUAGUGUUGCAAUGCAGUUUGGAUUGGAUCAAGACAUUCCUGCAAGCUUUGCUUGGUGCCAUGCAAAUCGCACAACUGCUUGGAGGAAUUACAACAGGCCCAUUAAUGAUGCUAAGCUAGAUAUACCGCCUAGGCCUUUUGAGUCGGAUAUUAGUACUAGGUACUCAGAUUGUUGGAGGGGAUCGUGUUUAGCCCAGUAUGAUGCUGUUAAUACAUUCAUAAGAAGGCAAAUGAGUUCAAGAACAUGCCAGCGUAUCUCAGUGAGGAACAAAGAAUAUGAUGGUCUCUCCAUCCCUCCUGGUCUUGGUAUGAAAGACAAAGUCCUGCAAAAUGUCAGCGAGGGAAACAAAAUUGAUAGAACUAAUGCUGUUGCUGUGCAAACUUCAAAUGGAAAUGAUAGAGCUGUUAGAAGGAUGGAGCCAGAGCCAGUGCCAGAGAUAAAGGAGGAGGUGGCAGAACAGAUUGAUAGGAAAUCAGGUAUCAAAGAUAGAAGAGAAAGCAGUAGCUUGGGAGAAGUUGAAGAAUCGAGCUUGAGGCUCGCAUUUACAGGUUGGAAAGGGAGCUUGCUGACGUGAAGGCAAAGCAGAAGGGUUUGGCAACAGAUUGAAGAAGCUUACCAAAGAGGAUUCUUCAUCUGAACGUAGGAAGACAAUGCAAUGCCAUAGACGGCUGGAAACUAUUAUUAGAUUGAUGCACAAGGCAUAUAUAUCAUGUAAAUAAACUGUCAUAGAAUCA